ACUAAAUUAGAGUGACUUUAAUUAAAGAGUAAUAAUUAAAGUAGGUUGCAUAUAUAUGAAUAUGAUGAGUUCAAUAACCACCAAGGAGGAGUACGAUGAUGCUUUCACCAAAGCUGCUUCCUUCGCAUUUGCUCAGGUGUUUCCUGCAAUCUUGAACGCUGCUGUUGAUAUGAACUUGUUUGAUAUCAUAUCAAAGUCAGAGAGUCCAUUAGGCAUGUCAGCUUCUGAGAUUGCAUCUAAGAUUCCAAAGCAACACAGUGAAAUGGGUAGCAGACUUGAACGCAUGCUGCCAUCAUUGGUGGCUCGUUCUCUUCUGACUUGCUCCAUUCGCACCAUUAAUGAAGAUGGUGACACUGAAAGAGUUUAUGCAGUUUCUCCUGUUGGACAAUACUAUACAAGUAGUCAUCAUGAUGAACAAGGAGGCUCCUGGAUUGCAAUGUCAACUGUAAGCUACCAAGGUUACCGUCAUCUUUGGACAGAUACAAAAGAUGCAAUAUUGGAUGCUAACAAUCACAAUCAUUUCCAAAAAAUGUACGGAAAGAUGGCAUUUGAAUAUAUGGAGACAGACACAGAGUUAGGUAACCUUUUCGGACAAGCAAUGGCACAAGCUGGGUCUUUAGGAUUGAAACAACUUCUUAAUGCAUAUAAAGGCUUUGAGGGAAUAUCAACUUUAGUUGAUGUUGGAGGUGGAUAUGGACAAACUUUGAAACAAAUUCUCUUGCAAUAUCCAUCAAUUAAAGCAAUUAAUUUUGAUUUGCCUCAUGUUGUUAAAAACGCACCCCCUCAUCCAGGGAUAGAGCAUAUCGGAGGAGACAUGUUUAAAAGUGUUCCAAAAGCUGAUGCCAUUUUACUCAAGCAUGUAUGUCAUAACUGGGAAGAUGAAGAAUGUGUCAAGUUUUUAAGAAACUGCUAUGAAGCUUUGCCACCACAUGGGAAGGUCAUAGUUUUGGAUGCUUUAUUGCCAGAAAUUCCAAAAUCAACAUCGUUUAAGGAUACACAGGCUGUGGAUCUCGAUUUUCUUAUGUUUCUAGUUCACGGUGGAAAGGAAAGAACCCAAAAACAAUUUGAGAAAUUAUGCAAGACCUCAGGAUUUUCACGAUUUCAGGUUGCUUGCAAUGAUUCCUCAAAUGUCGUUGCAGUCAUGGAGCUUUACAAAUAAAAAUGAGAGUAAAAUGACAAAUAAAUUCACGAAGAUUUAGGCUUCGAAUAUAUUAAUUUAAGAAAAAAAUAUCAAUAAAGUCUUAUAUGAUAAUAGAUGUUGACAAAUCAUAUUGAAAUUAAAUCCUUUUGUCAUGAUCAUUGAGACUAAUCUAAAAAUAACAUAGAGUGUACCACACAUGAUUCAUGAUGAAGAUCGAUAGAUGACUAAUUUACUGUUGUUAGCAUCCGAAAUAAAGAAAAGGUUGGCUACAA